GCAUUUAUUCCUGAGUAUGUUCGUGUUGCACCUGAAAGAAGACUCGUGAUUGGGCUGUUUCGGCAACAUGGUUGAUAACUCAAGUGUAACUGCUAAGUCUGUGUUGCAAAGCUGUUUCUCCUCUGGCAGCAGCCUUCCACGCCAAACACCCCACAGCCCGUAUCCCGGCGCACAUUCUCACCAGCUCGGCAGCGGCGGCAUGAAACUUGAGGCUGUCAUGGAAAACCUGCAGCGCCAACAGGCAGCGCGCCUCGCCCUGGAGGAGAAGCUCCGGCAGGCGGAGAAAGAGAAGGAGCUCCGCUGUAUGGUAGAGUCCCAGAUCCACCAACAAGCUCUGGCUUUCCGCCACUAUCAGCUGGCGAUGCCAGGCGCCCUCUCCGCCGGAGCUGAAAGCUCACCCCCAGGAGCGACCCCUCCUCACAUGGAAGUCCGUAUAUGCGCCGAAGACGGGAACUCCAACCCCGGUAUCUACGUUAAAGGCCGGGACGGGGAGGGAGAUGGCACGGAAGAACAGGAUCUCAUGGACGAAGACGAGGACGGGGACGAUGUUGGGUUAAACCAGUCCUCUCUGCAGGAAGCGUGCGUGUCUCAGCAUCUCAGAGUCCCAGCUGUCUUCGCUCCCCACGGUCACGCAGACUCUCCAUCGUCGCACGCCGCGUCGCAGCAACACGAGUGGACCUAUGAGGAGCAGUUCAAACAGUUAUACGAACUGGAUGAUGAUGAAAAACGCAAAGAGUUUCUCGAUGACCUUUUCAGGUUCAUGCAGAAACGGGGAACUCCAGUGAAUCGGAUUCCUAUCAUGGCCAAGCAGGUGUUGGAUCUCUACAUGCUCUACAAGCUUGUUACAGAAAAAGGCGGCUUAGUGGAAGUCAUCAAUAAGAAAAUAUGGCGGGAGAUCACCAAAGGCCUUAACCUCCCUACCUCUAUUACCAGUGCAGCUUUCACUCUCCGAACACAGUAUAUGAAGUACCUCUACCCAUAUGAAUGUGAAAAGCGGGGAUUGAGCUCCCCUGGCGAGCUUCAGGCAGCUAUUGACAGCAACCGCCGCGAAGGCCGAAGGCAGAGUUAUGGCUCAGCCAUCUUGAACUGCUCCCUUGUGGGAAGCCAAAGCCUUCUGUCCUCACCAAAGAUACAGAUGUCCCACCUACCCAUUCCUACUCACAACAGUGGCCAAAUCUCCCAGGGUCCUGUGAUCAAGAAAGAGGAACCCAUGAUUGCCAGCUGCCUGUCCAGGCAGGUGGCUCUCCCCAUGUCUCCCAGCAGCCAUCCUGCUGCAGCCAUGGCCGUCCAGACAGCCGCUCUGGAACAGCUGAGAGAGAAACUGGACAGUGGCGAGCCGCCACAAAAGAAGAUGAUGAUAGAGCAGCAGAGGAUCAUGCAGCAUGCCCUGCAGCAAAACCUGCUGGCAAUGGCCUCCCAGCUACCCCUCAACAUCAAACUUAACAACAGAGAUGAUAGACAAGAGACUGCAUUGAACCUGUCUACCAACGGCAUUAGCAGCAUCAACAUGUCAAUAGAAAUAAAUGGAGUUGUCUACACAGGCGUCCUAUUUGCUCGGCAGUCGCCCAUAACAGGGAUGGCAGGACACCAUGGGAAACAUCAUGGCUGUCAGACUCAGGGAAAAAACAGCCCUACAAAGUUCCAGCCCUCCUCAUCCUCCUUGUCCUCUUCUUCUUCUCUCCAUGGACACCGAAACACCUCCCCCUGA